AUGGAUUUAUUUAGUCAUUUAAAUUGGUAUAGUGGCGAUUUUAUGAAUGAAGAUGGCGAGCCAAUAAAGAGUAUACCAAGUGGAAAAUUAAUAUUAGUUUCAGAUACAUUAGAAUCUGAAGGUUCAUUUUUAAUUCAUUAUUUUUUACAAUCAAUAUUUAAAGCAACAACCUCAACAAACUCAUCAACCAACAAUAAUAAUAGCAAUAAUAGUGGUGGUGUUGGUGGUGGUGCAUGUUUAUUAGGAUUGAAUCAAAGUUUAUAUAAUUAUUUUAAUGUUGGUAGAAAAUUAGGAUAUAAUUUAACAACAGAAUAUAAUAAAGGUAAUUUCACAUUUAUAAAUGGAUUAUCAACACCAUAUAAAUGGAUAAUUGAACAAAGAUUACAACAAUUAGAGGAUCAAGGUAUUGAUGAAGAACCACAAUUAGACUCAAUCUCUCAAGGUUUUAAUCCAUUUCCAACUAUUCAUUUAAUUGAUAAUAAGAAUAUCACUUCCUCCUCCUCCUCCUCUUCUUAUUCAAACUCUAAUAAUAAAAAUAAAAAUAAUAAUGAAUUAAAAGACAUUUUAUAUAAAAUUUAUAAUGAAUUUAUAAAUGAUCAUAAGAAAAGAGUAAUGAAUAAUAAUAAUAAUUCAAAGACUUUAUUCAUUAUUGAUGGUUUAAAUUUAUUAGAGAGUCAUUAUUCUACAAAUCCAAGUGGUUCAAAUAUGGAUAUUUUAAACUUUUUACAAUAUUGUCAUAAUUAUAUCAAAGAGAAUUCAACAACUUGUAGUAUGAUAAUACUUUAUCAUAGUGAUUGUGAUGAAGAUUCAAAAUUCUUUAAUUUACUUCAAUAUGAAUCCGAUUUAACAAUCAAUAUAACUGGUUUAAAAUCUGGUUAUUCAAAAGAUAUUGAUGGUCAAUUAAAUUUUAUACAAAAAGAUGAAAAAAAUAAUACAUUUACAAGAGUUAAUCCAAUUCAUUAUCAAGCAUUAGAUAAUUCAAUUAGAUUCUUCUCAAUGGGUUCAAGAAUUCAAUAA